GGUGCCGGUGUUCGCGCGUGCCGGGCCGUGUCCUCCCGGAGUGUGGCGCUGACCUGGUCCCUGGUGCCCACAGCGCGUUUCUCAGAGUACCUGAAAUAUGAGUGUCACUUCUCCAACGGUAUGGAGCGGGUGCGGUACCUGGAGAGACACAUCUACAAUCACAAGGAUUUCCUGCGCUUCGACAGCGCGGUGGGCGAGUUCAGCGCGGUGACUCAGCUCGGGAGGCCAGAAGCUGAGUCCUGGAACAGCCGGAAGGAGAUCCUGGAGGACAGGCGGGCCGCGGUGGACACGUUCUGCAGAUACAACUUCGGGGCUGUGGAGAGCUUCACUGUGCAGAGGAGAGGUGAGUGUGGGGCCUGGGCUGCAGGGAGAGGG